UACAAUAUUUGCAAUAAGAUGUGCAUAUUAGUAAUCAGGUUAACCAAAAAUAUUAUACUUGUAAAAAUUAUUAAAGAAUAAAUCAUUAAAAACAUAAAGAACUGUUAUUAAAGAUAAUUUAGUAUAUAAUCUACCAAUAGAUAAAAAUUAAAAUAAUAAUUAAUAAAAACUCUUUAGAAUAUAGUUAAUUUUACAAAGAUUUAUUUAAGCCAUGCUUUAAUGAUUUUAUAGAUAUUAAUAGAAAAUUAUUUUUUGAAAAACAUGAAAAUAAAAAUAAUUAAUUAAAAAUAAAAAUAAUAUUUUAUUUAUUAAAUAAUAUAUUAAUUUAAUUAAUUAAUUAUUUAUUUAUUAUUUUAUUUAUUUAAUUUUAUUUUAUAUUUAUUAUUUUUAUAUAUUAUUAUUUUUUUUUUAUUUAAAAUUUAUUAAUAAAAAUUAAUUAUUAUUUAAUUUUAUAUUUAUAAUAUAUAAUUUAAUAUAUAUCUUUUUUAACUUUAUUUAUAAAAUAAAAUAUUUACACAAAAAAUAAAAUAUAUAAAUUUUUUUAUUUAAGAUAUUUUAAAUAAAAAUAAAAAUGUUAUAAGUUAGUGUAUGUUUUUUUUGUAAAAUAGAAAACGAUUAAGUAAACUAUUAUUCUAAUCCUUGUAAAAAUUGUGUACUAACUUCUAAAAAAGUAUUUGUAUGUAUACCUUGUAUGAAAUAAUUUAGAUAGUAAAACUUUUAAUGUCUUAUUUGUUAUAAAGAAUAGCCUUAAAAAGUAGAUGAAUUAUACAAAUUAUUUAACUAAUAUAAAUUAGGAUUUGAUUUUUAAGCAGGUGUAAUAUUUUAUAGUGUUUUAUAAAACAAUUCUUCAGAAAUACCUGAGUUAGCUGAUUUCCUACCAAUGAUAUGCUUUGAUUUGGAAGUUUAAAAAGAAUCAAAAUAAUAAUAAAGCAAAAAUUCAUACUUUAAUAUUUAAAAUAAAAUAUAAAGAAUAGAAAUGGUUAAGCAUUCAGAAAAUGCUAAUUAAGAAAAAACACAUUAA